AUGCCGGGGUACAUGCUAGACACAUCCCGUGCACACCCCGGGCACACCUCCCAGUCACAUCCCGGGCUCAUCCCGGGCUCAUCCCGGGCACAUCCCAGUCACAUCCCGGGCUCAUCCCGGGCUCAUCCCGGGCACAUCCCAGUCACAUCCCGGGCUCAUCCCGGGCUCAUCCCGGGCACAUCCCAGUCACAUCCCGGGCUCAUCCCGGGCUCAUCCCGGGCACAUCCCAGUCACAUCCCGGGCUCAUCCCGGGCUCAUCCCGGGCACAUCCCAGUCACAUCCCGGGCUCAUCCCGGGCUCAUCCCGGGCACAUCCCAGUCACAUCCCGGGCUCAUCCCGGGCUCAUCCCGGGCACAUCCCAGUCACAUCCCGGGCUCAUCCCGGGCUCAUCCCGGGCACAUCCCAGUCACAUCCCGGGCUCAUCCCGGGCUCAUCCCGGGCACAUCCCAGUCACAUCCCGGGCUCAUCCCGGGCUCAUCCCGGGCACAUCCCAGUCACAUCCCGGGCUCAUCCCGGGCUCAUCCCGGGCACAUCCCAGUCACAUCCCGGGCUCAUCCCGGGCUCAUCCCGGGCACAUCCCAGUCACAUCCCGGGCUCAUCCCGGGCUCAUCCCGGGCACAUCCCAGUCACAUCCCGGGCUCAUCCCGGGCUCAUCCCGGGCACAUCCCAGUCACAUCCCGGGCUCAUCCCGGGCUCAUCCCGGGCACAUCCCAGUCACAUCCCGGGCUCAUCCCGGGCUCAUCCCGGGCACAUCCCAGUCACAUCCCGGGCUCAUCCCGGGCUCAUCCCGGGCACAUCCCAGUCACAUCCCGGGCCCAUCCCGGGCCGGGGGCGCCCGCGGAGACGCCGCCCGCCAGCGCUGCGGGAGUCGCCGCCGCCGAGGCCGGCGCGGUGCUGCAGCGGGAGCCGCUGUACAACUGGCAGGCCACCAAGGGCUCGCUGCGGGAGCGCUUCGCCUUCCUGUUCUCCAACGAGCUGCUCAGCGACGUGCACUUCGUGGUGGGCAAGGGCAGCGCCCGCGGCGGCGGGGCGGCGCCCCCCGGGCCCGGCCAGCAGCGCAUCCCCGCCCACCGGUUCGUGCUGGCGGCCGGCAGCGCCGUGUUCGACGCGAUGUUCAACGGCGGCAUGGCCACCACCUCGGCCGAGAUCGAGCUGCCCGACGUGGAGCCCGCCGCCUUCCUGGCGCUCCUCAGGUUUCUUUAUUCAGAUGAAGUUCAAAUUGGUCCAGAAACAGUCAUGACUACUUUAUACACUGCUAAAAAGUAUGCAGUCCCUGCCCUGGAAGCACAUUGUGUGGAUUUCCUAACAAAGCAUCUCCGAGCAGAUAAUGCCUUUAUGCUGCUUACUCAAGCUCGUUUGUUUGAUGAACCUCAGCUUGCUAGUCUUUGUCUCGACACAAUAGACAAAAGCACUAUGGAUGCCAUAAGUGCAGAAGGCUUUACAGAUAUCGACAUAGACACAUUAUGUGCAGUUCUAGAAAGGGACACUCUCAGUAUUCGAGAAAGUAGGCUCUUUGGAGCUGUUGUUCGCUGGGCAGAAGCAGAAUGUCAAAGACAACAACUGCCUGUGACAUUCGGGAACAAACAAAAAGUCCUCGGAAGAGCUCUUUCCUUAAUCCGUUUUCCAUUAAUGACAAUUGAAGAGUUUGCAGCUGGCCCUGCUCAAUCUGGAAUCUUGUCGGAUCGGGAAGUAGUAAAUCUCUUUCUGCACUUUACUGUCAAUCCUAAACCUAAAGUAGAUUAUAUUGACCGACCAAGGUGUUGCCUGAGAGGAAAAGAAUGCAGCAUCAACAGGUUCCAGCAGGUGGAGAGUCGCUGGGGCUACAGUGGAACAAGCGACCGGAUUAGGUUCACAGUUAACAGAAGAAUUUCCAUAGUGGGAUUUGGGUUAUAUGGAUCUAUUCAUGGACCCACAGACUAUCAAGUUAAUAUACAGAUAAUUGAUUAUGAGAAGAACCAGACGCUGGGACAGAACGACACUGGAUUUAGCUGUGAUGGAACAGCCAGUACCUUCAGAGUUAUGUUCAAAGAGCCCAUAGAGAUUCUGCCCACGGUUUGCUACACAGCUUGUGCAACCUUGAAAGGUCCUGAUUCCCACUAUGGAACAAAAGGUUUGAAGAAAGUGAUCCACGAAUCUCCUACUGCUAGCAAAACAUGCUUUGUCUUUUAUAGUUCACCAGGUAACAACAAUGGCACAUCAAUAGAAGAUGGACAGAUACCAGAAAUAAUAUUUUAUACUUAAGUUUCACGUGAUGAUCUGGAAUGUGUUGGCGUCUCAGUGGACUUCAGCUCACUAUUGGCAGCAGUUAAAAAAUUCUGUUAAAUUACUUUAAUGUAUAAAAGCAAAACUAAUUUGUUUGAGGGGUACCAGAAAAGCUAUAUUUUUUUCUGCACCAUUAUUGGUAGAUUGUAAUUUAGCUAUUCCUCUAAAUGAAAUGCUAAGUGGAAUAAGUACUCUGUAUAUUGAAAAGUUUGUCUUAAGUAGUACCUUGUGGUUAAUUACUUUGUGUUUCCACCCCUUUGUUUCUCAUGUAGUAAAAUUCAUUUUUUGAACUGGAAAAUCCUUAUUUGUUAUGAACAACUUGUGUAUGUUUUCUCCAAUCUGUCCUUAAAAGACAGUAAAGCUGCUGCUGUAGUACCAUCUUGCACUUCUUUCUUAAAUGACCUUGGAUUGACCCUAUGGACAUGGAUUUCUACUGUAUUUUUUUGAAGUACAUCAGCAAAGCUGCAUUCAUAUUGCCAUCAUCUUGACUUUUUCCAAGAGCCAUGGAGAAUUAAUGGACUUUGCACUGUAGAGAACAUCUGCAGCUGCACUGAAGAAAUAAAUAUUAAGUCGAAAUUCAGCAACAAACAGAUCUUUCCAGAAUCUCUCUUAAUUCAGAAGGGCUGUUUUGGAAUAUAGAACUGGUUAUGCAAAUAGCCACUGUAUAUACAUAUGUGCCUAUAAAAAAUGUAUAAUGUGAAAAUGAGAAUACGAGACUUGUAAUGAUGUUAUUUUAUCAUUAGAUAUUCCAGUACUAAAAAAAUUAGUAUAAACCUAAGGAUUAUUGGUGUGCAAUGAGUUUUACAGAUUGCAUACAAUACUUUGAUGCAAUUGCUGUAUGUAUAUAGUAUUCAGUGUCAUGCACUUGUAGUAACGUGUAGUAGUAACAGAAUGGCUUCAUGUACAAAGAUCUGUACCCUCCCCACAUUAUACUAAAGUAAUAAUUUGAGAAUGCAGGAGAAAAAAAAAAAUUCUUUUCUUAAGGGGGAAGAGGGGGAGAUCACGCAGGUUGGGGGUGUCCAAAGGCCGUGCGUAGAACAAGUGUCUAUCCGACGUCCAGCUCUGUGCAUGCUCCGUCAGCGCUCUCCUGUCCCUGGGCCCAGCGCUGUUCCGGGACAGGGAUGGGGAGCGGGCCGGGCCGUGCGGGUCCAGCCGCUCCGGGCACAGGGAGAAGCUCUGCGG